CAUUCAUUCAAAAGCGUGUGAAUCUGGCAUGUUUUUUUUUAUUUCCUUUUUUGUUCCGGGUCAGUUUCCCGCCAACGAUAAAUUAAUCUCUCAAAACAGUUAGCCUAUACUUAUGUAAAUGCAAGUGUAUUUUAUUUUGAAUAUUCACCAAUAUAUACGUCUAAAAUGGGUUUUAUUAACGUGGUCCAGCAGUUAUGAGGUAGUAACAGUCUUGUUAUUCGCAUUUGAUAAUCUCGCGCGUCAUUUUUCAAAUGUGACAGGUGAAAGUAAAAGACCGAAUAAACGUAAGAAACUUCACAUUUGGAUUUUAACUGGACUGGACAAAAGUGAUAAAGGAUUCACAAGAUUGUAACAGGAGGACCAUGGAAGGACUGAUUUUAUAGUUACCCACCUAGCUUUAACGAAAGAUCCAGAACUAUAAAAAAAUGGCCGAAGUGUCAGAAACUUGGCAAGAGUUGGCUCUUGUUUGCCCAUCUGACAUUAUAUUUUGUGGUCCUGGAAAUGAUGCUGUUCUGUCAUGCCAUCUUGAACCAGUUAUUAAUGCUGCUUCAUUGGAGAUCAAGUGGUGGAAUAAGUCUGAUCUGGUCUGUCAUUAUAAGGAUGGACAGGUGACAGUGAGCAGAGACUAUGAGGGUCGAGUGAGUCUCUCAUUGCAGGAGCUACUCAAUGGAAAUGUGUCUUUGACUCUCAGAGAUGUCAAAAGGUCACAGAGGGGCAUUUAUAUUUGUGAGGUCAUCCAUGGAUGUCAAACUAUUAAGGAAUAUAUCUGUCUUCAUAUUAGCUCUCAAGACUUCAGACUUGUGGUUCCUACUGGCUCUGUGCGCACAAACUCUGGAUCAAACAUCAUUCUACCUGCUCAUCUCACACCUAAAACCAAUGCUGUGUCCGCGGAAAUCCGAUGGUUUAAGGGAGCACAGCUCAUUUAUCAGUAUAAGAACAGGCAGGAGAUGACAGAUGAUGACUAUAAGAACCGAUUGAGUGUGUCCAUCCAGGAGCUGAGGAGAGGAAAUCUUGCACUGACUUUGAGCAAUGUUCAACAAUCUGAUUCGGGAGACUAUACAUGCACACUUUUUCAUGAUCGAUGUCAGAAGACAGGAGUAAUUCACUUGCAAGUGAGAGAACAUCAAAAGCGCAAGCAAACAGAUAAAUGUAAGAAUCUGGCUGAUGAGCUGACAUUUAAAAAAACACCGAAUUAUGCGGGCACGUAUACAGAGCAGCGGAUAUCUAAUGAUCCUACAACUAAACGUAGACGUAGAACUAGUAUGGAUGGAGAUCGCCCGCUUAUGAGUGAAGACUGGGCACUUGAGAAAGCAGAAAUAGAGAAGAGAGAACCCAAAGUCACAGUGGGAAGAGAGAGUGGUCAUCAAAACACAAGACGAAAGAGAGAGGGGAAUACUGCCACUGUGCAAGAGUUAUCAUCCCCACAUACGUCAUCACCGCUUCUGCGAAUGCAAAGAGCAUCAGUAUUAUUUAGAGAUGUUUUUGCAACAGCAGAACCAAACAUGCAAACCCAUAAAAGGCUUCAACAGAUUAUUGUUAGAAGACAAGCGAGGAGAUACGAUACAAACAAGUCAAUAGAGGCCAGAAGGCAGAGCUCAAAGAAGCUUAGAAAAUACAGUGGAAAAAAAGCUGAAUAAUUCCAUUAAACAAAGGAUACUACUACUAAAGUAUAUACGACUAAUGAUUUAACUUAGACUAAAAUAUUUUAAUUGACCGUUUUUAAUUCGAUUUUCCUACCAUUUAGACAUGUUGGAAAUAUAUGGCAUCCUUCUGGAGAAUCCUUCAUUUUUGUUCUGACUGAAUGUAACGAGAUUU